AUGUCGGAAGCACCAAAAAAUAGUGAUGAAAGUGAUACAGAUGUACUACUGGGUGGGAUUUUUGGAAACAAUGAUUAUGAGGAACCGGUAAUAAAGGGACACCUGGUGAAAUUUUAUACAAUGCUUGGCAUGCCUAUAGAUAUACACCUUAUAGGAAAAUCACCUUUGUAUGGACACAUAUUGACAAAUGCAUGCAAGUAUAUUGCAAAAUAUCUGGAGAAAAAUAUGGAUACACUGGUAAAAGACCGAACCGUUAUAGAAUUUGGUUCUGGCGGUGCUCUUCCAUCCAUCCUCUGCGCCAAAUUAGGAGCUUCAAUGGCUUUAGCAACAGAUUAUCCCGAUCCAGAGUUAGUAAACAACAUAGAAUACAAUAUAAAGAUGAAUAAAAUUCAGAACAACUGUAAGUCCUUAGGAUUCAUAUGGGGAAACGAUAUCAGCGACAUACUAUCACUGAUAUCGGGACCCCCAGUUGAGAGGAAAACAUUUGAUACCAUCAUUUUAAGUGAUGUUAUUUUCAAUCACACUGAGCAUUACAAGUUGCUAAAAACAUGCAAACAAUUGAUUACGCCGAAAACUGGUAAAGUACUAGUUGCAUUCACUCCUCAUAGACCUCAUCUUCUCGACGCGGAUUUAUCAUUUUUCCAAAAGGCACAGGAACAACCGUACAAUUUCAAGCUUGAUUUUAUCGAAAUGGUGCACUACUCGCCUCUUUUCAAAGAUGAUAAAGAUGAAAGCACAAGGGAAAUCAGGAGUCGUGUAUACAUGUAUAUCUUGUACACAUGA